UUUGGGAAGUCGCCCGGAUCAAAAAGUCAAAAUCAUAGACCAUCCUCACUAGCUGCUACCACCAAAUCACACUCUUUUCUUCCCGAUUUCACCCUCUCUCUCUCUCUCUCUCUCUCUCUCUCUCUCUGCUCUACUCAGCUGCUUUCUCUUCAAGUCUCAGAAUUCCAACGGCUUUGAUGGUACCAAUUCUACGGUCGACUUGAGCUGCAAAAUAAGCAACGCCUCCACCCAAUCUCUGUUUCUCGCGAUUCUUCCUAAUCAAUUGGCGAGAGUUAGCGGCUGCGCCCGGCGCCCACUUUCUAUUUCUGGAUUAUAUUCAGAGCAUUCACCAAGUUCAAGUGCAUGGCCUUAUCUCUAAUGUGUGCCAUUGCAAGGUUUUAAUGAGAGUCAGUUGGAUACUUACAAAAGUGAUGGUAUUGUUUGGUAUCUAUUAGCAGUUGAAACUCCAUUGUUAUUUCUACACAAGAAGAUUGGUGAUAUCUUAAGGGUUUGUGUUAACUGAGAGUCGAUAAUGGCAGAGCUCAGUCCAAGGACUGAUACUUCUACAGAUGGGGACACAGAAGACAAGGCUCUGGGGUUCCAUAGUGGUCAAUCACAUGGGCUUGUGGUUUCUGAUGCCAGUGAUAAAUCAAGGGAUCAAAAGACACUUCGUAGACUUGCUCAAAAUCGUGAAGCUGCAAGAAAGAGCCGAUUGCGGAAGAAAGCUUAUGUUCAACAGCUGGAAAGCAGCAGAAUGAAGCUGACUCAACUUGAGCAGGAGCUUCAAAGAGCUCGACAGCAGGGUAUCUUCAUUUCAAGUUCAGGAGAACAAUCUCAAUCAAUGAGUGGGAAUGGAGCAUUGGCUUUUGAUGUGGAAUAUGGGCGGUGGUUGGAGGAGCACAACCGCCGGAUUAACGAGCUGAAAGGGGCGGUGAGCAACCACGCGGGUGAUGGUGAGCUGCGGAUCAUAGUGGAUGGAGUGGUGGGACAUUAUGAAGAUAUUUUCAGAAUAAAAGGUGAUGCUGCUAAAGCUGAUGUCUUUCAUGUUCUAUCAGGCAUGUGGAAAACACCUGCUGAAAGGUGUUUUCUUUGGUUAGGUGGAUUCCGUUCUUCUGAGCUCCUAAAGUUGCUGAUAACUCAAUUGGAACCGUUGACUGAGCAGCAGUUAUUGGCAAUUGGGAAUCUGCAGCAGUCAUCACAGCAGGCGGAGGACGCGUUGUCCCAAGGAAUGGAGGCGCUGCAGCAGUCAUUAGCCGAGACAAUUGCAGGCUCUCUUGCCACCUCAAAUCCAUCAUCUGGAGCCAAUGUAGCCAAUUACAUGGGCCAAAUGGCCAUGGCUAUGGGCAAAUUAGGAACCCUAGAAGGCUUCAUUCGACAGGCAGACAAUUUGAGGCAACAAACUUUACAGCAAAUGCAUCGAAUACUGACAACACGUCAAUCGGCUCGAGCACUUAUCGCCAUCAAUGACUAUUCCUCUCGGCUUCGAGCUUUGAGCUCAUUAUGGCUAGCACGCCCUCGUGAGUGAAUGACUCAUCAAAUCCUUCUUUUCAAUCACAAAAUGUGACUUGAGCUUGUUGUUUGUAUCAAUUAUACAAAAACAAAAAGAAAAAAAAAAAAAAAAAACUCUCAUUUGCAAGAAAGUGGUAAGGAUUUGUAACAAGCAGGAAGAGCAGCAAUUAUAUGUGUAUCAUCUCUCUCAUCUCUCAUCUCUCAAGUUGUUGGACUCAUUCCUGAUUAUCUUCUUCUUCAAAUAUGGUGUAAUGGUGCUGAGUUCUACUUCUACCUCCUUGUACCCUUUUGUAUGAAUGAUUAUGAUGAUGAUAUCUCAACGAUUUAACUUAUAGAAUUUGCAAUAAUUUGGUGUAAUCUUUGUGUUAAUUUAAACUGACAAGAUAGGUACAUUAUGAAUUUGUAGUUUCGUUGUGCUUUUUUAAAUAUGCUAAUGUUUGAAUUUGGUUUGUA